AUGAUAUCGCAUAACCCAGCAUCAUCUUUCCAAGUCCCAAGUAUUGAAAUUCAAGAAACAAAGACACCUCCAGCAUCGCCUUCACUUACAACGUCUUUCUCCUCAGUAACGGAAAGCAAAGGUUCACUAUCACUUUCGACAUCAUCAACAACAUCAACCACAAAUAAUGCCACUACUCUUCCUGCCAAACCUUCAGUGACAGCAGCAGCAGCAGCAGUAGCAGCUUCCGGCACUUUAUCGUCUUCUCCCAAAACUCGUCCUCGUACUUUCAGCUUGAGUCAUCUAGUCACAAAGACUCGCCGAGCAUACUCUGUUUCCUCGGCCUAUCCCCCGAAAAUCCAACCUAGUCUGGCCUUACCAGCACCUCGCGAUCGAGACAUCACAUGGGAUCAAUACUUAGCAGCUACCAAAGGUAAUGAUUUGGACGACGCAGAUAAACCCAAAUUUAAUCUAUCUGCUGCUCAACGAAGAAACUCAGUUGCUGCAACAGCUCGUCGGUAUGAAGACUUUGAACAAAAAAUCGAAGAAGCUCCAUUGGCCGUAUUGGUAUCGACUUACCUGAAUUAUUUGGUCUUGAUCUUAUUUGGUCAUUUACGUGAUAUCUUGGGCAAAUUAUUCAAAAGAAAGGAAUAUGCUCAUCUUCGAACAAGUGAAGGUUAUGCACCUUUAGUAUCCGAUUUUGACUCUUUUUAUACUAGACGAAUGUAUGUACGUAUUCGUGAUUGUUGGAAUCGACCUAUUACUGGUGUACCCACAAGAAAAACAUUGGUUUUGGAACGUGAAUCAAAGGAUUUUAACAAGACUUUCAAAUUGACUGGAAGGCAAGUCGAAUGUAUCAACUUUGCUUCAUACAAUUACCUUGGAUUUGCUCAAGCAUCUGGACCAUGUGCAGAUGCCGUAGAAAAUACAGUGACACAAUAUGGAAUCAGUACAGCUGGGACAAGAUCUGAAGCUGGUACUUCAGAUUUACAUCUCUAUUUGGAAAAGAAAGUGGCGGAAUUUGUUGGUAAAGAGGACGCUAUUGUUGUUUCUAUGGGUUUUGCUACCAACUCCACUACGAUUCCUUCUCUUGUUGGCAAGGGUUGUUUGAUUAUCAGUGAUGAAUUGAAUCAUAGUUCUAUUGUAUUUGGUGCUCGUCUAUCUGGUGCCUCUAUCCGAGUAUUUAAGCAUAAUAACAUGAUGGAUCUUCGACAAUUAUUGACUGAAGUCAUAUCUCAAGGUCAACCCCGAACACAUCGUCCUUGGAAGAAAAUCAUGGUUAUUGUUGAAGGGUUAUAUUCCAUGGAAGGAUCUAUUGUCAAUUUACCAGAAAUCAUCAAGAUGAAACACGAAUUCAAGUUCUAUUUAUAUGUGGAUGAAGCUCAUUCGAUUGGUGCUCUUGGUGAAAACGGUGGUGGUGUUUGCGAUUUCUAUGGUAUCAGUCCUAAAUAUGUGGAUAUUCUUAUGGGAACAUUUACAAAAUCAUUUGGUGCGGCUGGUGGUUAUAUUGCUGCUGAUAAGGCUGUAUUGAAUCAUCUUCGUUUGACAAACCAUGCAUUUUUAUAUGCUGAAACCAUGUCUGUACCAGUCGUUCAACAAAUCAUCACAAGUUUGGCUAUCAUCAAAGGUGAAGAUGGAACUAAUGAUGGUCGAAUUCGAAUUCAGAAAUUAGCAGAUAAUGCACGAUAUUUUGCAUCAAAAUUACGGGAAUUGGGAUUUAUUGUUUAUGGUGAUGAAGGAAGUCCUGUGGUACCCUUAUUAUUAUUCAAUCCUGCCAAGAUCUCGUAA